AUGGAGUGCCCUGAGAGACAGCUCUCCCAACUGUCAGAAAGUGAUUCAGCACCACCGACUUUAUCACAGAUAAUGAGUUUCCAAGAUCCCAAAAUUCUUGUCGAUUCUGGAGCUGAAACUGCCAGUUACUGCGGCGUCCAAAUGGCGGUUGACCAAGGCACAUCAACUCUUGUCGACCAUGGCGCCCAAGCUGAUGCCUACAUAGACUCCCAGGCUGCUGCCAAAACUCCUGUGGGAAAUUUAAUGAAAAGAAAAGAGAUGAGUAAAAGCCAGCAUGAACCUCCUUAUGAAAUUGAGAACCAGUUUAUAUUGCGUCUGCCUCCGGAACAUGCUGCUACUGUCAGGGAAAUGAUACAAUCCAGAAGUGUCACCAUGAAGGAUAAACUAAAAAUUGACUUAUCUUCUGAUGGACGUCAUGGGACUGUUGAGGUGAAAGAUGUCUCACUAACUGCUAAGGUAGUUGACUUGCCUUGUGUUAUUGGAAGCCUGAAGACUCUUGACAACAAAAUCUUUUAUAAAACGGCAGAUAUUUCCCAGAUGCUUGUGUGCACUGCUGAUGGUGGUCUCCACUCUUCUUCAGAAGAACCAGUUACUUCUACUGAUUUUAAAGAAAUCAAGAAAAAUGAAAAGGGGAAACAGAAAAAAUAUGUCUGGAAACAUGGCAUUACUCCACCACUUAAGAAUGUCAGAAAGAAAAGGUUCCGCAAAAUAACAAAAAAGCUGGUUGAUUCCAAACAAGUCGAAGAAGUCAGCUUUACUGAGGAAAAGGGCAUUCCUGAAAAACACAAUGUGUUAGAUGACAUUACUGAUAUUCCUCCCAUCCCCACUCCGGUCCAAUGCAUUGACUCUCCUGAUGCGGAAAAGGAAGUGAAAAGACUGCUAUGUUCUGAUGCUGAAUCUGUCAGUUUCCGAUGGGAAGUCACUGCAGAAGAUGAAACCAAGGACGUAGAAAGUCAAGGCUCCAUUCCAAGCUUUGAGAUAUUCCCAGGAACAAGUGGCUAUAAUCAGGGUCACAUCUCAUCAGAAUGUCACAUCCUUCGGGGGAUACUCAGUGAUUCUAGCAGUAACAGUGAUGAUGAGGACGAGGAUGAUGAUGAUGAUGAUGAUGAUGAUGAUGAAGAAUUUUACUAUGAUGAUGAGAAUGAAGAGGCGGAACAGCGUUAUGAAGAGAAUCUGCAAAGGGAGCUACAGGCCAAAUUAAUUGAAUUUGGCCAGUGUAAGGCAAAGGAGGGAGCUGGUUCAAUAGAAUCAUUUACACUCUGUGUUGGAGCAGCUUAAGUUACAAGAAAAACAAAAAAAUGAGCAGAUUAUUUUCCUACAAGAAAAAUUGAAAUACUUUCUGGAGAAGUGAGGAGAGCCUUCAGCCUUGCACACAAACCCUUGAUUCCCCAUCUAGACUAAAAACUACAUGAAACU